AUGGACCCCUCUUCCGAGACGGAUUAUGGCUGGGACAGCGGCGAGGAGGUCAUAGAGGUUGCUUUCCCGCCAGAAUCUCUCCAAUCCCGCGCUGCCAACAACAACAGGGCUCCAGCCGUUCCCAGCCUACAGCACCAGCGCUCCCACUCGUCCUCCAACGCCCGGGCGCCCCUCAGCAGCAACUCAAAUUUUGACGCCGACGACAGCAUGUUCUCAGGACUGGCUCAGAUGCUGCAGACCAGAGUGCAGCGUGAGCCACAACCCCGACGACCUCCUCGGAAUCAACCUCGCCAGCGAAAUAAUAAUCCGCAACAUCACCACCAUCACCACCACCAUCAUCAUCACCACCACCACCCACGAUCCUCGUCCCUCCUCUCACGAGACUCCCCAAACCCACAACAAAUCCAGACCAACCCACCUCCUCCAGCCGUCAUCGAUCUGACCAACGAGCCCGAGUCGCCCAUCGACGUCCAACAACUCCCCCAGCUACCACUGCACGGCGACGGUCCCACCGUCGCUCGAAGUAGAUCGGGUCGAAAUCCUAGAAGGACCAACUCUCUACGGACCUCGCCGCCCACCCUCGCAAGAAGCGACGGCACUCUUUCGCGCACCGGGGAGAUGCCUGACAUAAUAGAUUUGACCGGCGACUCACCCGAAAUUGAGCGAACUUCGCGACCACAUGCACCACCACGGCGGCCACCACAACUACCGCUGGCCCGUCUGGACCGCUCAUUCCCAGAUGCUCUGGUCGGCGUCACUUUUAGGCAAACAGCCAACGGGCUGAUGCUACCCCUUCCGGCACUACGGUCCUCGCUCACCAGUCUGGUCAGCGCCUUCGCACCUAGGCGGCACACCCCUCCGAUCCCCGCGGCCCAGCGCCCCAGCCCCAAGCCGCCCAUGGAACCAGAGCCACCCACGAGAGCGGGCUUCACCAGGGCCACGUUCGCCGAGCCGGAGGAAGGAAACGACGAGGUGGUCGUCUGUCCCUGCUGUAACGAGGAACUCGCAUACGACCCGACAGAAACGACAGUCGCCCCGUCCUCGUCCACCGGUAAGGGGAAGCGGAAGAGGCCACCUGAGCAUCACUUCUGGGCUCUCAAGAACUGCGGCCACGUCUACUGUGCCGACUGUUUUGAGAACCGCAAGCCCACCAAGGCGCUGCCCAACGGUGCGGGAUUCCCCAUGAAGAGUGCAACCGAUAUCCGGUGUGCGGUCGACGAUUGCGAGACAAAGGUGAUUCCGAAGGGCGAGUGGGUGGGCAUCUACCUAUGA